AUGUGUAUGUUAAAGAGAAGAAAAUGCUCACUCAACCACAAGCGCAAGAGUAUUUGUUCAGAACUCAAUGGAACUUUGCAUGAUUUCCAAAGCAAAAUUGCAAAUCAUGACGACGACGGUGAUGAUAGUUAUUGGGCAGGCCUUGUGUAUAUCGAAGAAAUAGUGAAAUAUGGAUUUAGUGAUGGUUACCUAAGCAAGGGCGUAGUUGAUGGUAACCAGAAUGGUGGAAAGCUUUGUGUUAUGGCAAAAAUGGAGGACGAUAAAAAAUCACCUAAGUUACGUUCUUCAAAAUGUUGCAAUAAACGUGCAUAUGUCAUUUGCAAGGUUCCAAAAGAUGGCGGAAUUGCUG